AUGGCCAACUGGUUCUGGGAGCUGGAGGUGGAGGACCAGGUGGGGAGCGCUGGCCGGGAAGGAAACGUGCAUGGAGAAGGACACUGGUUCCCCGAGAGCCGAUAUCCCGUUUCCAGGCCGGAUGUCAAGCUGGUAAAUAAUGCAUCUUAUAUGAGAAGAACGCUCGGAGCCAGGCUGGAACAAAGAGCCGGAGCUGCAGCAGACACCCAGGUUGCUUCGGGCACACGCGGCCGCAGAGCAGAGCCAGCAGGUGAAGGAAUCGAAGUCAUGAACGUGGCUUGGACUCAGGAGUGGCUGAAGCCCUAUGGAGAGCAGGAGAGCAACCCUGGGGCACAUCCGGGCGCGGGGGGGGACAUAGCCCCCACUGCGGUGCUGGGAUCCUGCCCGGCCAGCGCAGGGGCUCGUGGCUUGGCUGAGCAUCGAGAAGAGGAGAAGCGGUGCUCAGCCUCGUGGUGCCCAUCCAGCCACCGCUGCUGGUUCAGCUUAACCUCUGAAGACCAUUUCCCACAAAGAUCACACCUGCAGCAGCGUGAGCCGGCCGCCGGCUCUUGGGGUGAGCAGGAGCGGCUGAACCCCGACUGUCCCUGCCAGGCGCUUGGCUGCUGCUCCCCAGAGCCCGGCAGCGGGAAUGUGGCUUUCUCAAAGGUGCGAAGUGAUGCCAGCAAAGUCCCAGAGCUCCGGGAAUUGCAUGCCUGCUGCCGUGUUCCCACUGGAGGAAGCCAAGCGCUGAUCCUGCAGGUCUGUGAUCUGAUGCCCCUCUGCCCACCCGGGUUGAGCCGGGAGCAAACGGGCUUGGUUUAACGACAGGGCUUUAAUAUUUCCAGUCCUGACCUUCCUGCAGAACAGCGGCUGCCGGGCAGGUGAGCAGGCUGGACGUGCCUAAUGGAGAUGGAUAGCGGAUCGGCUUCUCUGUCUUAAUUUGCUUAUGACCUAGAGAAUUAGCGGAGAGGCUCUGUUCUCCUGCAAGCUCAGGGCUCCUCGGGGAGGCAGUGGUAUUUGCUAACCUUUCCCUGGCUCACUUUACAUAAUCGCACACUCCUCCAAACGUCCGCAGCGUGACUGGCUCAUCCCUGCUCCUUCCUCCUGACGGGUAUUUCCCUUGUUAAGUUUCAAGAAUAUUGCUCAGCGAGGAAAGGUGCUGCGUCCCUCCUGCCUCUUCCUCCGGCGGCUCUUCUUAGCUGUGCCAUCGGUUCACGGAUUCGAAGGGAGGCACUUUGUUUCUUCAAGGUCUCCAAGGAUUUCCUGUAUCCGUGAGCCCAGAGAGAAAAGAAAAACAACCUGAAAGCUGCCUGCCAGCCUGCUCGUGCGAUGCACUGACUCUCUUCAAAACGCAUUGUGAGGCUGCCGAGGAGAAGGGACUUCUGUUCGGAGGGCGUUGCUGAAGGCAAGCGAGGCAAAUCGGCACAGUGAUGCGCUGAGCACCAGGCAGGAUGCUCACCAUCCAAAUGAACAACCCAAUAACACAAAUAUCCCAGAUAGCCAGGGAGCUGGUGCUGGGGUCUUGCUGAUAAAAAUGACUUCUGGCUUCACUUCUGAGAGGAGCUUGAAAGUUCCCCAUGGCAUUCCAGAAACGCUGGUUUUAGAGUAAUAAACAAGGAAUAAAGGAGGGCCACAAAGAUGAUUGGGGGGCUGGAGCACCUUCCUUAUGAGGACAGGCUGAGAGAGUUGGAGUUGUUCAGUCUGGAGAAGAGAAGGCUCCGAGGAGACCUUAGAGUGACCUUCCAGUGCCUGAAAGGGCUACAGGAAAGCUGGAGAGGGGCUAUUCACAAAGGCUUG